AUGCAAAUCUCGACCAGACUGAAUGUAAAACUUAUUGUGCGUGAUAUCUCGACAGAUGAAGCUUUUGAUUCUGAAAAUAAUAACAUAAGUCAAUGGAACGCAACAUUGGAGAGCGGCGGAUCCGGAGCGGGCAGCAGCCGGUAUGCGGUUAGCAUGGCAAACGCAGCCCUGCAAAGCCCGGACCACAUGCACAAGCGGCGGCGACUCUCGCGGCUGCUCGACAAGCUGGCAGUGCAGCUACGGAAUAACAAUAAUUACCCACCUCCGCCUUGGUUUCUAUAUUAUAACCAAACACAAGAGACGCCGGCGGAGGAGGCCCCACUGGAUCUGAGCGUCAAGUCGGAACAAGCUCUCACUACGGGUUCUAAAUUCACGUGUGAGACCUGCGGGCAAACGUUCGCAUUACACGACCGCCUCGCUAAGCACAUUGCAUCCCGCCACAGGCCGCGCACUCCAGAAGCUGCGCGUGCCUACGAAUGCGAUAUUUGUCGGCGACGAUUUGCGCGUUCAGAUAUGCUGACUCGGCACGCUCGACUCCACAGCGGUGUGAAGCCAUAUUCUUGUGGAGUGUGCGGGCAGGUGUUCUCGAGGUCUGACCACCUCGCAACGCAUCAACGCACGCACACAGGCGAAAAGCCAUAUCGCUGCCCGAUGUGUCCGUACGCUGCUUGUCGCAGGGACAUGAUCACGCGACAUUUGCGCACUCACUCGAAACACGGACACACAACUAACGAUCCCAAGCCGAAGCUGCUGUCUAAAGUGAAUGUUACUUAAACAGGCCACCGGGUGCCUCAUUGACUGUCUAAGGUUCGUUCCCUAUUUAUUACUUACUAAACUUUAUCCAUUUGUAAAGUGGAGACUGAUGCUUUCAUUCCAAAGUAUUUUAACAUUAUCUUGUCUUUGAAUUGGUGGUUAACGUUGUUUAGUAAUCUUAUUGUUGUGUAGGGCAGGUUGGUACAUAUGCCAAACAAACCACACCUGUGCUGAUGUCGGUAAGAUUGACAUAUCAUAUUGCCUGAAACAUACAUUGGGCUAUCCAUAUCUGUUGAUUUGCGAAGUUGUUCUUUAUGCUCAGCGAAGUCCAAAACUAUGGCGAUUGGCUGCGCGCAAUGCGAUGUGUCGACUUACAUGAAAAUAGACAUGUUUUGAGUGUCAAUCGUUUUGUUUUAGUACUAUUCAUAAGUAAAUUAUUAUAUUAUUAUUAUUGAUUGUAUAUAAUUACUUCGAGGAAUAUCUGUUUUAGUUACUCUGUGCCAUGGGGUGACUUUAUGUUACAAACGCUACUUUAUUUUCAUUACUUGGCACAAAUUUGAUUAGAUUUUAUUGUUAUUUAUUAUUAACACAGGUGUUAUUUGAAAAAGGCUCAAAAAUUUAUCAUUCGAUGAACAAUGUUGUAGAAUAGGAUAAGAAGUUGUGAAUCUUUGUUUUAUUUAUAUUGUUAAGAAUUUUGUCUUAUUACUAAUUAGUGUAAACUGAUAUCUGCUCUAGUAACUCCAGUAGACUAUCGUAUAUGUAGGUAAGUACGUGUAGUACUUAUCAAGUUUUUGUCUACAAAACCUGUUCCCUUCUAUUUGUAUGAGUAAGUAGUCGUUAGUCAAUUUCGUGUGCCAAAAUGUUUAAAUUCUUUUUUUUUACGUAUAGUAAUUAAGAUUGCAUUAUAUGCCCUACGUAAAUCAUAUUUGAUGUAAACUCCGUUGGAUCAGCAAAGAGCUACUUGAU